AUGCUUCCCGCCACAGCUACAUAUCCUGAUGGGAUACUUUCACUCAAGGACAGUCGUUGCCAUGACAACAGCCUCUCAGGGCGGGGCUUAAGUGCAGAGAGCCUGUCCAGACUGAAGCUGGGGAAGAUAAAGGUGGUUCGGCGACAGCUGCUGCAGCGCUAUGAGCACCAGCCGUUUGUCUCGUGUCUGGCCGGUCUGUACGGCUGCCAGUGGAGACGCUACCAGCGCGCCAAAGCCCAGCCGGGGGAAUGCUGCUGCAGUCGGUUGGAGUGCGCUAGUUUCGUUCUGCUCAUCGUAACGUUUUUCCUGACCCUGAUAUUCCUGUACUUCUGGAGUGAGGCGCAGAAUGACUACAACGACUUCGACUGGUUUAACUUCGGGAAGCUGGGCUUCUGGUUCCCGUGGUCUGUGGUGUUGUUGUUGCUCGCUGUGGCUCUCUUCACGUACAUCGCCCUCCUGCUGGUCCUGGCCGUGUGCCUUCUCUCUGAAGGACAGAGGCUUUACCUUCACUGGAGCCACAAGACUGGUAUCCUGGUGACUCUCAGCUUCUCGCUCAGUGCCACAGCUGUGCUCUCAGACUUAUGGAGCAAAGAAUGGACCACACUUCUGCUUUCUUUUCAGGUCACAGCACCGUUUCUCCACGUGGGCGGAGUUUCUCUAAUGACAUUCCUGUCCUGGCCAAUAGCCUUGCACUUCUUUCGCAUGAACAAGAGAGUGAGGCAGGUGGCUCUCCUCAGCUUGUUUCUGGCGGUUCUCUUCGCUCUGUAUCUGGUGCCGCUGGGCAUGUAUUCUCCCUGCAUCACAGAGAAGGGCACCCUGGGAUCGGCUCCCACCCUCAUCGGCCACAGAGGAGCCCCCAUGCUUGCACCAGAAAACACCCUGAUGUCGUUUGAGAAGGCUGUAGAAGCAGGAGGAGAAGGACUGGAGACAGACGUCACAAUCAGUUAUGAUGGCGUCCCGUUCCUGAUGCACGACAGCACCCUGAAGAGGACGACUAAUGUUCACCAAGUGUUUCCCAACCGGACGGAUGCUCAGGCAGCUAUGUUCUCCUGGCCAGAGCUGGAGAUGCUCAGCGCCGGAUCCUGGUUUCUUCAGAGGGAUCCUUUCGGCACGGUCUCGUCUCUUGAUGCAGACGAGAGGGUUCGGGUCCAGAACCAGAUGGUCCCCAGUCUGAAGGACUUCUUAAAUCUGGCAGCUGAGCACGAGAGGCUGGUGAUCUUUGACCUGAGACGUCCCCCUCGAGGACAUCCAUACAGAGACUCGUGGGUCACGCGCACACUGGAGGUCAUUCACAACGAGUCCUUCAUUAACUCCAGUCAGGUGUUGUGGCUUCCGGCCGAUCAGAGGAGUCUGGUGCAGGAGCUGGACCCGGAGCUGCAGCAGACGUCUGGAGAUCACGCCUCCAUCGAGGAGCUGCAGGAGGAGCAUAUCGUCCGACUCAACCUGCACUACAGCUACUUGUCCCGGGAGCAGAUCAGAAAGUAUGCCUCCGUGAACAUCAGCACUAACCUGUAUGUGAUCAACCAGCCGUGGUUGUAUUCUCUGGCGUGGUGCGCUGGGGUUCAUUCUGUCACGACCAACGCUCUGCACAUCCUCAUGACGCUGCAGCGACCCCUGUUCCUCAUGACUCCUGAUGAAUACAGACUGAUGUGGAUCCUGACUGACAUCAUAUCUGCUUUCCUCAUCGCUGCUAUUUUCAUCUUCCUCUGGUGGCGUGAGCGAGGUUUGCCGUUCUGGGCGGGCAGCAGACAGGUGAAUGAGAACGGGCCGUACAGCAAGUUCAGGACGGAGCUGAGCGACGUCUGGUCCAUCUCCAGCAUCAGCGUCCUCAGAGAGGCUCAGACCUCCGCCCUCACUCCCAGCCUGCCCUCCAUCAGCGAGGAGCCGCCCGUCUGA